AUGGACUCGUCGGAGAUCGAAGUGGUUCCUCUCGAUUCCAAAUCUCACCAAAACCCUACCGAAUCUCCAACCAUCACAGACGUCUUCUCCGCUUCUGCUUACGGCGAUCUCCACCAGCUUAAACGUUUCGUCGAGCACAAUGGUUCUUCUGUUUCUCUUCCCGACUCUAAUGGCUACUACGCUCUCCAAUGGUCUGCUCUUAACAAUUCCCUCGACGUUGCUCAAUACAUCAUCGAGCACGGUGGUGAUGUUAAUGCAGCUGAUAAUAUACAACAGACACCAUUGCAUUGGGCAGCAGUAAAAGGUUCCAUUGAUGUUGCAGAUCUUCUACUGCAAAACGGAGCUCGAAUUGAGGCUAGUGAUGUGAAUGGAUUCAGGGCAGUGCAUGUUGCUUCUCAAUAUGGGCAGACAGCUUUCGUGAAUCAUAUUAUUGUGAACUAUACAGCUGACUAUAACGCGUUAGAUAACGAAGGGAGGAGUCCGCUACAUUGUUCUGUGCACGAUGCUCAGUGCUUUUCUAAGUUAUUUCGCACGAAUUUCCCAGCACAUAUGUUAGGAACUGUUUUUUUUGCUGCCUUAGAACAAUAUGGUGUGAGUGCUUUGUUGCACUUGGUACUCUGUUACUUAUCAUUUGACAAUAUGAGGAGAACUAAUGUGAACUGUGUAUUUCCUCCUUGUUUGUAUGACUCAGGGCUGCUUACAACGGAUUCACAGAAACAGUCCGGUUACUUCUCUUCCGGGAUGCAUGCCAUAAUAGACAAGACAACACAGGCAAUCCAAAACAUCUUAACACUUUCUUUUAACUGUUGCACUCCUUUACACUGGGCCGUUAUUAAGGAAAACGUUGAGGCUUCUACUCUGCUAGUUCAUGCUGGGACCAAGGAGGAACUGCUAUUGAAAGAUAACACUGGUUCCACGCCACUUAAGCUUGCAUCUGAUAAAGGUCACAGGCAGCUCGCUCUUUUACUUUCGAAGGCAAUGCAAACUCGUAAGAAUAGUUGUGUAAACAAGAUCUUCUGCGGAAAAUUAGGAGGGACAAGCUAUGCUCCAAUGUUGUUCGGCGUAAUAGUCACUCUUAUGGUCCUCUUCUUCACAUCCAUUGUUGCAGCUUCUAAUCUCCCAAAAAUAACUGCUAUGCUUGGACUGUGGGCUUGGUUUGGUCUUUCAUGUGGUGUUUGCUCACUGAUUGCUUUCCGUCGUUGUAGCAGCAAAGAUCCUGGGUACGUUAAACGAACCAAUGAACUUGAUGGCCAUCAGACUUCCGACGAGCCUUUAAUUGAUAUCAGUUUCAACAGCCCCUCAUGGAAAGGAAACUGGUCACAACUCUGCCCCACUUGCAAGGUAAUUAGACCGGUGCGAUCUAAGCACUGUCCCACUUGUAAGCGGUGCGUUGAGCAGUUUGACCAUCAUUGCCCCUGGAUAUCAAACUGUGUUGGUAAGAAGAACAAACGUGACUUCUUAGUCUUUGUGAUCAUGGGAGCUUUAACAUCAUUCGUCGGUGGCACAACCGCUGUUCAAAGAAUAUGGAGAAGCAUCUCACAGAUACACCACAGAGAAUCAUGGAUUCAACAUCUAGUCAUUGAACAUCCCGGCGCCGCCGUGUUUCUGUUUUUCGACGUACUUAUUUUCAUUGCGACAAUGACACUGAGCAUCUCACAGGCGUAUAUGAUAGUUCGGAAUAUUACAACCAACGAACUAUGGAACGCGAAAAGAUUCAGUUAUUUGCAGGGACCUGAUGGGAGAUUCUACAACCCUUAUAACCAUGGCUGGAGAAGAAACUGCUCUGAUUUCUUGGUUCAUGGCUACACCAGAGACGACGAGGUUGUCCCGUCUUCAAUUCUCUGA